UUCUUUCCUCCACAGUGUUUUGUUUUUCUCUCUGGAGGAUUUACAUCAGGUCCCUGACACGUCCAAGCUUGUGCUGGCACAUAUGAAAGAUGGAGUUUCUGGAAAUUGUGACUGAGGAAGUUAUGGACACAGAGGGAUCAGCGGUCAUAGCAACCUUUUUAAACAGCAGCUUGUAUGGCACAACCAACUUCACCAACAUCACUUUUUUCCCCUACUAUCAACACUCUAUUUAUGUAGCUGCCAGCUACAUCCUGGCAUAUUCCUUCAUCUUUCUGCUGUGCAUGGUGGGUAACAUCCUGGUGUGUCUGAUCGUAGUGGAAAACCGAUGCAUGCGCACAGUGACCAACCUCUUCAUCCUUAACCUGGCAGUCAGCGACCUACUUGUGGGGAUCUUCUGCAUCCCUACAACUUUGGUGGACAACCUUAUCACAGGCUGGCCUUUCUCUAACACAGUGUGCAAGAUGAGUGGGUUUGUGCAGGGUGUAUCUGUGUCAGCCUCGGUCUUCACCCUGGUAGCGAUCGCUGUUGAAAGGUUCCGUUGUAUUGUGUAUCCUCUCCAGCCCAAGCUUACUCUCCUUGUUGCCAAGGUAGCCAUUGUGUCUAUCUGGGUGUUAGCAGUAGCAAUUAUGUGUCCUGCUGCAAUAGCACUGACUGUGGAGAAAGUUCCUUUCCAUUACAUGGUCUACAAUGAUGAUUUCAAUCACACGUUGCCCCUUUACACCUGCUAUGAAAACUUUGCCAAGCCUCAUAUGAGAAAGGUCUACACGGCGGUUCUGUUCGCCCACAUCUAUCUGGUUCCCCUCACUGUCAUCACGCUGAUGUAUGUAAGCAUCGGGGUCAAACUCUGCUCCUCUGCUGUCACAAACAGACAACCACAACUGGCCAAUGUCACAGUCCAGGCGGGAGGCAGAAGACAUGCCCAACAAGUGGUAUCCCAGAAAAAGAUCAAGGUGAUAAAAAUGCUCAUCGUAGUUGCUUUGCUUUUCAUGCUCUCCUGGUUGCCCCUUUGGACUCUUAUGUUAAUGGCAGACUACGGUGGAUUGAACAGAGACCAGCUGGAUCUGCUCACCAGCUACGUCUUCCCCUUUGCCCACUGGUUAGCCUUUUCCAACUCCAGCGUGAAUCCCAUCGUCUAUGGCUACUACAACAAGAACUUCAAGAGGGGCUUUCAAGCAGUGUGGAAGACAAAACCCAUGUGCUGCUUCCCCCAGCUGAAGAGCAGAAUGCCUCGAUGGGGACGGAGAGCAAGAUCUGCACAUGCACCGUGUGAAGGAGCUGAACUAAGAGAUGGCAGUAAUAACCACGGAAACUUUCUGUUGGGACUAAGAAACCGUGUCCAUAAUGACAACAAACUGAGUGAAACCCCAGAAAUAAACAGGAGCUCGAGGGUAGGCUGUGUGGUGGUCCACCAAGGUAGAAGUCUGUCAGAACAAGGGAUAGAAAUGGUAGCCAUACAUCAGAAAAGCAGCAACGAAGAAGGUUCUGAGAAGCCAAAGACCAAGUGCCAGAUCUUCAAAAGGUUUGCGUGUAGAAACAUGCUUGUACAUGCAGACAUCUUCAAAGAAGGUGCAAAGUGAUUAGGAUUUGCAAUUCAG